ACACUACCUUUCCUAAUGGCAGCACCAAAACCCAAGAUGGGGUCUCCAAUGGCGCCCUCUCUUACUCUCACUAUUGCAUUAACCAUAAUCUCUCUCACCUUCCCAUCUCAAACAUUAGCAGACAACUACAUCUACUCAUCUCCACCACCACCAAAGCAUUCACCACCUCCUCCAUACUACUAUCACUCUCCACCACCACCACCAAAGCACUCACCACCUCCUCCUUAUUAUUACCACUCUCCACCACCACCAAAGCACUCACCUCCUCCUCCAUACUACUAUCACUCUCCACCCCCUCCUAAGCAUUCUCCUCCUCCUCCAUACUAUUAUCACUCUCCACCACCUCCUAAGCACUCUCCUCCACCUCCCUACUACUACCACUCUCCUCCACCUCCUAAGCAUUCACCUCCUCCUCCAUACUACUACCACUCUCCACCACCUCCUAAGCACUCUCCUCCUCCUCCAUACUACUAUCACUCUCCACCCCCUCCUAAGCAUUCUCCUCCUCCUCCAUACUAUUAUCACUCUCCACCACCUCCUAAGCACUCUCCUCCACCUCCCUACUACUACCACUCUCCUCCACCUCCUAAGCAUUCACCUCCUCCUCCAUACUACUACCACUCUCCACCACCUCCUAAGCACUCUCCUCCUCCUCCAUACUACUACCACUCUCCACCACCUCCUAAGCACUCACCUCCUCCUCCAUAUUACUAUCAUUCUCCACCCCCACCAAAGCACUCACCUCCUCCUCCAUAUUACUAUCAUUCUCCACCCCCACCAAAGCACUCACCUCCUCCUCCCUACUACUACAAGUCCCCACCACCACCACCUAAAGAGCCCUACAAAUACCCAUCACCUCCACCCCCAGUUUACAAGUACAAGUCCCCUCCUCCUCCCUACAAGUACCCAUCUCCUCCACCUCCUCCAUACAAGUACCCUUCUCCUCCACCACCAGUGUACAAAUACAAGUCUCCCCCACCCCCAGUUUACAAGUACAAAUCUCCCCCUCCUCCCUAUAAGUACCCAUCUCCUCCUCCUCCCCCUUACAAGUACCCUUCACCUCCACCACCAGUAUAUAAGUACAAGUCUCCUCCUCCACCAGUCUACAAAUACAAGUCUCCACCUCCUCCCUACAAGUAUCCAUCUCCACCACCCCCACCAUACAAGUACCCAUCACCUCCACCACCAUACAAGUACCCUUCUCCUCCACCACCACCAUAUAAGUACCCAUCUCCACCACCCCCAGUCUACAAGUACAAGUCUCCACCACCCCCAGUUUACAAGUACAAAUCUCCUCCUCCACCCUAUAAGUAUCCAUCUCCUCCACCACCACCAUACAAGUACCCAUCACCACCACCCCCAGUUUACAAAUACAAGUCUCCUCCUCCUCCUGUUCAUUCACCACCUCCCCCAGUUUACAUCUAUGCAUCCCCUCCUCCUCCAUAUCACUACUAGGUUAUUUCUGAAGAAUAUAAGCCAAUAAAAAACGUUGUUGAUAGCAGGAAGAUGCACUUCGCAAUUGCACAAGGAAAAUAACGGAAGCCAAGUUUCCGCGCAUUUUGUCACAUAAGAAAAACGAAGUGUCAAUCCCUUUCUUCUUCGUUUGUAUUGUUUAUGAAUUAUUAAUUACUUUGGUUUUAGACAGUUGUAUGGCACUGCUUUUGUCUCUGUCGUUGAAUGAUAUCACAUGAAUGCAUUUUGGUUUGCAACCUGCUGCGCUUGCAAGGGGUUGUGAAGCCAAUUUUAUAAUAAAUAAAAUCAAAUAUAUGCUUUGUAUAUUUAUUGAAAAAUUCUACAAUA